AUGAAUUUAAGGUAUUUGAUGCCUUCUGUGCCGAAACCUCAGCUGAUCUUCACCCCGUUAACUGAAAAUCAUGUUCAGGCAGCUGUUCAAUGCGCAAAAGAGGUAGCAGUUCAGCUUAGAGUCCGAAGUGGAGGCCAUGAUUAUGAAGGCCUCUCGUACAUGUCAGAAAUGGAUCAACCUUUUCUCAUUGUAGACCUAUCGAAACUUCGGAAUGUACAUGUAGAUAUACAGGACAAUAGUGCAUGGGUUCAAGCUGGCGCCACUAUUGGUGAACUUUAUUAUAGAAUUUCACAAAAAAGCAAAACUCAUGGAUUCCCUGGUGGACUUUGCACCAGCAUAGGAAUUGGAGGGCACAUAACAGGAGGAGCAUAUGGUUCCAUGAUGAGGAAAUAUGGCCUCGGAGCUGACAAUGUUGUCGAUGCACGAAUAGUUGAUGCAAGCGGCAGAAUUCUUGAUAGGAAAUCAAUGGGAGAAGAUCUUUUCUGGGCUAUUAGAGGUGGUGGUGGAGCUAGUUUUGGAAUCAUACUCGCUUGGAAAGUCCGAUUAGUCCCUGUUCCAGAAACUGUGACUGUUUUCACUGUUCCAAAAACCUUGGAACAAGGUGCUACAAAGAUUCUCUACAGAUGGCAACAAGUAGUUGAUAAACUUGAUGAGGAUCUGUUCAUCAGAGUCAUCAUUACAAAAGCAAAUAGUGCUCAAAAGGGCGAGCAGACAGCACAAAAUUUGUACCAAGGUUUAUUUCUUGGCAGAGCCGAUAGAUUGCUUGGAAUAAUGGACGAAAGUUUCCCCGAGUUGGGAUUGACAAAAAAGGACUGCACUGAAAUGAGCUGGAUCCAAUCAGUGAUGUAUAUUGGUAGUUACCCACCGAAUACACCACCUGAGGUUUUGCUUCAAGGGAAGGCCUUGUUCAAGAACUACUUCAAAGCCAAAUCAGACUUCAUAAAAGAACCAAUCCCAGAGACAGGAAUUGAAGGACUAUGGAAAAGUUUUCUUGAAGAAGAAUCACCAUUGAUGAUAUGGACUCCUUAUGGUGGCAUGAUGAGUAACAUUGCAGAAUCUGAAAUUCCAUUCCCUCACAGAGAAGGUGUCAUAUUUAUGAUACAAUACGUUACCAAUUGGAAUGACGAUAAACCAGAAUCCAUGACGAGGCACAUGGAAUGGAUAAGGAAACUGUACAAUUACAUGACUCCAUAUGCUUCCAUGUCACCAAGAGAAGCCUAUGUUAAUUACAGGGAUCUCGAUCUGGGUAUGAACAAAAACGGGACAUGUUUUACGGACGCAAGUUUGUGGGGCACCGGAUAUUUCAAGGACAAUUUCAACAGAUUAGUAAAUAUAAAGACUAAAGUUGAUCAACUGCUGACAUCAUUAUUGCAAGAAGGCACUUUCGCUUCACUAGACUCGGAGGGCAAGAGCUCAGAAUUUGAUGAAGUAAAAGAUUGUGACGAGAUGAACCUCUUGCCCUCCUCAAAGCAUGCUGGUGCCGGGACUCAUGAAGAUAAGGCUGAAAGUCAACGAAAGAAAAACAAUUACCAGCAAUACAGAGACACUCUACAGAAAGGACUUGAGGAUCCUGAGAUCAGCUUCUAA